GCGCCCCCGCCUCCGCACUCCCCCCGCGCCACCCACUCGCCCAACGUGUUUGUGUGCAGAAUUUCCACGGCUAAAUUGAACCGAUUGAAAAUUGGCCAGCCAGCGUGCCAAAUUCAGCCCUCGAUAGCCCGAUUCUGCAGGAGCAGCAACUCGUUGAAGCGGCCACCGCAUCAGAGGAUCACCGACCGUCGAAAUCCUCGCAUUUCACCUCAUUUUCUGCUGCUGCAGCGUCGCGUGUGCGGAUCUUUCAGCGGUGAAUAAUCCACGGCUUUUCGUUUUUGGCCAGGAGCGGAGGAGCGUGUUGCAGUCGCAGGCGGGAAGAUGGUUAAAGCUAAAAAGGGCAAGAAAGAGAUACUGACCAAGGUCGAAGGCGGUUCCUCGGCGGAUGAAAUCUCCGAUGUGGACAGCGACCAGGUGAGCCUGAACAACAAGAAGAACCAAAAAGCUGGCCAGGAUGAUGUCCAAGCCCUGACCAAGGGCGUCAAGAAGCUGAAUGUCAAGGGAAAGGGCAAGGCAGCCAAAAAUGAGGAUUCCGACGAGGAGGAGGUGGUUUCCGCCAAGGGCAAGGCCUCCAAGAAGUCCGCCUUUGAGCUGCUGAGCGACGACGACGACCAGGAUGAGCCGGUGGCCCAGGAAAGCCCCUCGGAGGAGGAGGAAAAGGUGGUGGUGGCCAAGCCGCAGAAGAACGAGAAGAAGGGCAAGAAGGCCAAGCGUAAGGGCAAGCAGGACGAUGAUGAGGAGGAUCUGGACAAGGUGCUGGCCGAGCUGCAAGCGGAAUAUGCCGGGGAAGCUCCUCCCGCCACCACUGUUGUCUCCCCCGAGGAGCUGGCCGAUGAGUUUGCCAAGAAGAAAAAGAACAAGAAGCAGGCCAAGGCCGCAGAAAACCCUGCUGCUGGCGAGGAUGAGGCUGCUAGCGAUGAGGAGGAUAACGGCAGCACCAUGAAGUCGGCGGCGCAGAAGAAGAAGGAGAAGAAGGAGCGCCAGAAGCGGGAGGCUGCUUUGGCCAAGCAAAAGGCGGCCACGGAACCGAAACCCAAACCUGUGCCCGUGGAGAAACCUGCUCCCGAACCGGAGCCCUUGGCCACCGAGGAAACUCCAAGCGAAGCCGUUGAAGACGAGGAAAAACCAGGCAAGAACAACAAGAAGAAGGGCAAGAAGGACAAGAAGGCCGAGCCGGAGGAGGAGAAGAAGGAGACCAAGAAGAAGGGCAUGUCCGCCGCCAUGGUGGCCGCCAUGCAGGAGCAGCUGAAGAAGCGCAAGGAGGAGGAGGAGCGGCUGGAGCGCGAGCAGGAGGAGCGCAUGCGGCUGGAGGAUGAGCGCGAGGAGGCCCGCCUGGAGGCAGUGCGUCUGGAGGCCGAGAAGAAGGAGAAGAAGAAGCAGCGCGAGGCGGAGCGCAAGGCUCGUUUGAAGGCGGAGGGCAAGCUGCUCACCAAGAAGCAGAAGGAGGAUCGCGCCAGGGCGCAGGCUCUGCUGGAUUCUUUGAAAGCGCAGGGUCUGGAGAUACCCGAUCCCACCGAGAAACGACCCGCGCGAUUAGGCACCCGCAUCCGUCCGAACAAGAAAAAGGGUCCCAAGGAGGAGGCCGCCGAGGAGGAGGCCAAGGCAGCCGAAGCCCAAGCAGCUGCCGCUGCCGCCGCUGCAGCUGCGGAAGAAAAAACCGAGGAGGAGGUGGUCAAGGAGAGCUGGGAUGCCACCGAUAGCGAGGCGGAACCGGAGCCGGAGGAGGAAUCCUCGCAGGCUACCAACAACGGGAAGAACGAGGCGGAGGAGGAUGAGUCCUCAUCCGAGGACGACGAUGACGAUGAGGAGGAUGACGAUGACAGCGAUGAUUCCGAUGAGGAUAGCGAUGACUCGCAGGAAAAGGAAACGGCACAGGCCAACGAUCCAGAGUCACGAAGACUCCGUGCAGAGGCGCGAAUCCUCAAGCGUCAAGAUGAAGCCGAGAGGAAGCGGACCACCGAUGAACUGAGAGCCGGAGUGGUUUGUGUGCUCGGUCAUGUGGAUACGGGAAAAACAAAGAUUCUCGACAAGCUGCGGCGCACGCAUGUGCAGGAUUCCGAGGCGGGCGGCAUUACGCAGCAGAUUGGAGCCACCAAUGUGCCCAUCGAUGCCAUCAAGGAGCAGACCAAGUAUGUGAAGGCCUCCGUUGGAUUUGAGCAUCGUUUGCCUGGCCUGCUGAUCAUCGACACUCCCGGUCACGAGUCGUUUAGCAAUUUGAGGAACCGUGGAUCCUCCCUCUGCGACAUUGCCAUCCUGGUGGUGGACAUUAUGCACGGCUUGGAGCCGCAGACCAUCGAAUCCAUUCAGCUGCUCAAAAAGAAGAAGUGCCCGUUCAUUGUGGCCCUCAACAAGAUCGAUCGUCUGUACGAUUGGAAGCAGUUGGGCAGGCGAGAUGUGCGCGAUGUGCUGAAGGAGCAGGCGAGCAACACGCAGCUGGAGUUCACGCAGCGCACCAAGGAAGUAAUCCUGCAGUUUGCCGAGCAGGGCUUGAAUGCCGCUCUUUUCUACGAGAACACGGAUCCGAAGACGUACAUUUCGCUGGUGCCCACCAGUGCGAUAACGGGCGAGGGCAUGGGCAAUCUGCUCUUCAUGAUCGCCGACUUCUGCCAGAAUAUGCUGGCCAAGCGGCUGAUGUAUUCCGAGGAGCUGCAGGCCACCGUGCUGGAGGUGAAGGCUCUGCCCGGUUUGGGAACCACCAUCGAUGCUAUUUUGAUUAAUGGAAAGCUGCGCGAGGGACAAACCAUGGUGGUGGCCGGCACAGAUGGACCCAUCGUCACCCAGAUCCGUUCGCUUCUGAUGCCGCAGCCCAUGAAGGAGCUGCGCGUGAAGAACGCCUAUGUGGAGUACAAGGAGGUGAAGGCGGCCCAGGGCGUCAAGAUCGCGGCCAAGGAUCUGGAGAAGGCCAUCGCCGGCAUCAAUCUGCUGAUUGCCCACAAGCCCGAUGAAGUCGAAAUUUGCACAGAUGAAGUUGCUCGGGAGCUAAAGAGUGCCCUCAGUCACAUUAAACUGGCUUCUACAGGCGUUCAUGUCCAGGCCUCCACGCUGGGUUCGUUGGAGGCUCUUCUGGAGUUCCUGCGCACAUCUAAAAUUCCGUAUUCUGCCAUCCGUAUUGGUCCCGUAGUGAAACGCGAUGUGAUGAAGGCCUCCACAAUGUUGGAACACGAGGCGCAGUAUGCUACAAUUCUGGCCUUCGACGUGAAGAUCGAGCGGGAGGCACAGGAAAUGGCCGAUUCCCUGGGCGUGAAAAUAUUCCAAGCGGACAUUAUCUAUCAUCUGUUCGACAAGUUCACCGCCUAUCGCGAGGAACUCAAGCAGAAGAAGCGCGAAGAGUUCCGCUCCGUAGCCGUCUUCCCCUGCAAGUUAAGAAUACUGCCACAGUUCAUAUUCAACAGCCGAGAUCCGAUCGUGAUGGGCGUGAUGGUGGAGAACGGCAUUGUCAAAGUGGGCACACCAAUUUGCGUGCCCAGCAAGGAGUUUGUGGACAUUGGAAUCGUGACUUCCAUCGAAUCGAAUCACAAGCAAAUCGAAUCGGCGCGCAAGGGUCAAGAGAUUUGCGUCAAGAUCGAUCCGAUUCCCGGUGAAUCGCCGAAAAUGUUUGGUCGCCACUUUGAGGCCGAGGACAUGCUGAUCAGCAAGAUCUCUCGCCAGAGCAUCGAUGCCUGCAAGGAUUACUUCCGCGACGACCUAAUCAAGGCGGACUGGUCGCUGAUGGUGGAACUGAAGAAGCUCUUCGAGAUCUUAUAAGCGAAUUCGCUAGCCAAAAUUUCAAACGUACAACAGACGAGAGAAUUUCGCUGAAGAAAGAAAAGAAAAGAAAACUAAUCAAACUACAGACUGUGCGCUUGUGGUGUAUCCUCUCUAAUCCCCGAUAGAAACAGAGGAUCCUUCUUCUCCUUAAGCUUAGUUUCAUUUUUAUGGUUUUACAGUCGCUUGAAGAAACAAACUCUGAAACUCUGUUAUAAUGGUUUUAAAUCAAAUUUUUGUAAAACGCUUAUUGCGAGUAUCCAUUUAUUGCCUGCGAUUUUUGUUAGAGCCAAACUUAGAAUAAAAUGCAAAGAAAAUAAUGUUGUACAAC